AUGGACGACGCAUCCUCUGCUCUGGUGUUGCAGGCGACAGCGCCGUUAAUCAUCGAGAAGGAAUUUGAUGAGAAGUGGAAAACCUUCUAUGAUGAGGUGAGAUGGCUUUUCCAAAAGCUGAGAAAGAAUUUGAUGACAGUGGAAAACCUCCCAUGA